CAAGACCUCGUGAAAAUUGAGGUUACUACAGUGCUGGCAGUAGCACAUGUAGGAUGCUGCACCAGAAAGGUCCCUACAGCAGAAAAACAUUAGUCUUAAAAUUUGUUUUACAGAACUCUCCACCCUUUUUUUGUACAGAUAUGUGACAUAGCUCACCCACCACUUUCUUCCUAGCACUGUAAAAACCUUAGUUAAACUGUCAGCUUUCUAUCUGAAACAUGUAGAAACAACUGGUUACCUUGGUCUGAUUCCACUUCCAGGCUUUCAUCAUCUGUAAUUUUGGUAAAAAGCUGCUUUUGUUGAUGUGUAAUGCAUCAUAGUAACCGGUUACACUUUUACUACAAAAGGGUGUUUUAUUUUCCCGAGGGAUGAAUAGUAAUCAAGGAUCAGCUGGUAGUGCCAAGUGCCUUGAUAACACAAUUGGCUGCAUACAGCUUUGUUAGGCCCCUUCCUGAGCUUGCCGGGGAGACUUCAGAGAAGAUGUUGGGAAAACUGUUCUUUACCUACUUGGCUUUUGGGGAGCUGAAUUUUGGGAUCAUUUUGUCUGCUGGGUGAGAAGGUAAGCUCCUGCUUUGAGCACGUGAAGCCCUUACUGAUUAAUGAUGGUGAGGGGAGGGUGGGAGAGGAGAACAGAUAGAGAGCAUGCUUGAAAAUAAACAUGUGAUUUGGGAAAACUACCCCGAAAUUAAUCACUGUCUGAUUUUAAUGUGGAGAGGUGAGGGGGCUGAUGGAGUUGGAAGGAGACAGAAAGUGGGAAUACUGAUUCUAAUCACAGUAGGGGCUGAUUUGUGUUAUUUUGAUGCUGAUUUAGGUGAGCUGGAGGAGGGCUACAGUGACCCUGGCCCUGUGGUAGGAAGUAUCUCACUGCUAAGCACAGAGUGGAAUCUCUCUUUGAUCUCAUUAACCCCAUCAGCACUGGAUUAGCAGAUGUGUUUCUGGAGCUUGACUCUCUCAGACACUUGAGGUAUAUAGAAGGUGGCAGAGAUUACUUCAGUAGAAAAAGGGUUGCAGAUGCAUGCCAGGUUCCCGCUGAAUGCCAGCAGUAGAGAUCACUCCAGAUGGAGCCCCAGGGUCAGCAUGGCAGCGGCGGUUCCGUGGUGGUGAUUCAGCAGCCCUCCUUGGACAGCCGGCAGCGCUUGGACUAUGAAAGGGAGAGCCAGCCCACGACGAUCUUGUCACUGGACCAGAUCAAGGCCAUCAGGGGCAGCAACGAAUACACCGAAGGUCCUUCUGUGGUGAAAAAGUCUGCUCCGCGGACAGCACCGAGGCAGGAGAAGCAUGAAAGGACUCACGAGAUUAUACCAAUUAAUGUGAAUAAUAAUUACGAACACAGGUCCAGCCAUGUGGGGCACGUGGCACAUCAGCAUAACACGAGGGCUCCCGUCCUGAGCCGGUCGACCAGCACGGGGAGCGCGGCCAGCUCUGGGAGCAACAGCAGCGCCUCCUCGGAGCAAGGGCUGCUGGGGCGGUCACCCCCGUCCCGGCCGGGCUCCGGCCACAGAUCCGAUCGGACAAUCCGGGCGCAGCCCAAGCAGUCGUCUCUGAUCGUGGAUGAUCUGAAGGGUCCUUUGAAAGAGGACUUGACGCAGCACAAGUUCAUCUGCGAACAGUGUGGGAAGUGCAAGUGCGGGGAGUGCACGGCGCCGAGGGCGCUGCCGUCCUGCCUGGCCUGCAACCGGCAGUGCCUGUGCUCGGCCGAGAGCAUGGUGGAGUACGGCACCUGCAUGUGCCUGGUCAAAGGGAUCUUCUACCACUGUUCCAACGACGAUGAAGGGGACUCUUAUGCGGAUAAUCCCUGCUCCUGCUCCCAGUCACACUGCUGUUCUAGGUACCUGUGCAUGGGAGCCAUGUCCUUGUUCCUGCCUUGCUUGCUCUGCUACCCUCCGGCCAAAGGAUGCCUAAAACUCUGCCGAGGGUGCUACGACCGCGUCAAUCGUCCGGGUUGCCGGUGCAAGAACUCCAACACAGUCUAUUGUAAACUGGAGAGCUGCCCCUCCCGGGGUCAGGGCAAGCCCUCAUGAUUUUGGGAGGGAGGUUUACUUCCUCCAACUUUGGUUUUUCAGGUUGUAGCUGAUUUUUUUUUUUCCCUUUCCUUCUUCCCCUUCCUCUCCCGUUUUGGGAGGACUGUUCUUUUCCUUUCCCUUCUGUCUCCCUAGCUUCAGAUACACAAGUUCUUCCCUUUGCAUCUUUGCUCUCCUCCUCCUAUUGACUUGGCUGAGUGUGGAGCGUUUCAUGUAGUCGUUGCUGCUCUUUGGUAAGUGUGGACCUGGUAUCUGCACCUGUCGCUCACUUGGGCAGGGUCUUUGAGUUUGUAACUGAACCACUCCUGAGAGAGACAGUGAGGGCUCACUGGGCUCUUGAAGCUUCUUGCUCUGUGAAUAUCUCUUCCCAAAGAUGUUUUUCCUUCUCAGCAAUUUAUGUUUUUUUUUUUCCUUAACCUUCCGGUAGCCAAGGAAGAAUAUCUUUCCUGAGUGAGCUGGAUUGUGAAAUAAUUUUUUGUGUGUGUUCUUUCUGGAGAGGGAUGUAAAAUAAAGGCUUCACCAAAUGAAAGGUCUGACUCUUCUAUAAGCAGCCUGCUUCUUUUUGCAUCUUUUUUUUUUCCCCACCCUCUCUUUUUGUCUUAACUUUCGGAACAUUCUCACACCUGAGAAUUACCCUGCCUCCUGCUUUUUUUUUUUUUUUUUUUUUUUUUUUUUUUUACAUUUUCAAUGUAACUUCAGUUUUUGCUACACUGUGUAGAUCUUCACAUUGGAGACAUUGUGGCUGCAACAUACUCAUUUGUUUCUUUUGCUGUCCAAUCUUUGAAGGAUAUUGCUCGCUCCACUCUCCUAAUCUCGUUCUCAUAGUCUGUCAGUAUCAGUUGAUAUUAAAGUUGGUGGUGUUCAUAUAUCCAAACAGCCUUCAGGUGUCAUUGAGUCACCUAAAUGUUCUUGAAUCCUUCAAGUUUCUUGUGAUCCUUUGGUUUAGUGAGUUUAGCUCUGCUCUGUACUUUAUAAUUUUAUUCUGUCCCUGUUUUAUUGCCUUAGCCACAAAUUGUGGUCCUUUUUUGUAUAUUUUAUGUAUAAAACACAAAGUUGAAUCCCAACUAUUUUUAAGACAAAAGUCUGUUAAAACUUUUUUUAUUGUAAAGAAUAUUUAUUAUGUGAAUCUCUAUUAUUUUAUGAUAUUUAUUGCAAAAGACUUUGAAAAUGUACUCAUGUCUGAAUAUAACAAAAUAUCAAUACUUAACGAAAUAAGGAUGACACGAAGAAAGUACAUAUGUUAACUAUAAUGCAGAAAAUAUAUUAAUUAAUGAAAAUGGCUCUUGAGUUCUUUUGUUACAACGACAGGUUGUGAGCUAUGUGUGGAGUUUCUCCUUGAGGUCUGUCAGGUGGCAAAUAAUCUCCUAUUGAUACUUCAAAACCGCUAGUCUGUGCUCUAGUUUAGUUUACCUAAUUUUAAGUUCACUAACUAUAUAUCAAAUAAGCUUUUUGCUAUGGGAUAUUUAAUACAAUUGAAUAUAUGUUGUGCUUAACAGUGCCAGAAAGUGGAGGCUCUAUUUAUUUAUCAAAGCAUUUGGAAGAAUACAGUUGUGGAGGAGGAAACCACAACUUCCAAGUUGGUUGGUUUGUUUGUUGUUUUUUUUUCCUUAAGGAAUAUCACAUUAACAUGUAAAGCCAUUUUAAAUUUUCCUACAUAAAACUUCCUGGCUGGUUAAAUUGUGCAGCAACUGAAGAAAUUAACCUCCCAAGCUCAAAUCCAAAUAAAAAGCAAGAGGCAGGAUAAAAAUAGCGGUUGUGUUGCUGCAGUUUUGCUAGCUUUGAAAUUUGGGAAUGUGUGUGUUUGGGCCUACGUCUAUGGCUUAUUUGGUUCUUUUCCCAUAAGUUUUCCAAUGUCAACUGAAACUAUCUUCUGUCUUCAAAUUAAAGGCUCUUAAGGGUGA